GCUCUGGGGCGGGCCAAAUACUUCUGGUCACCAAAACUUUUCACAUCUGUAGUAAAGUUGACCAAGAGGCUACUGCUUACUAUCAGGAGGGGAAAUAAAAACAAGAGCUUCGCACAUUGUGUACUAUUCCACUUUGGGUGUUUUUUUUAAUGGUUAUAUUAGCGCGGAAACGUAUGGAGUUCUGUUAAAAUCCACAUUAAGGACCCGGAUUUAUAUUUUGGAAACACCCAACUGGUAUCGACAAAACAUUAACGUUGCUGUGAAGAUGGGACGUUUCCUGCUCUGAGCAAGGCUUAUUUCAUGAAUUUGGGGUGGAACAUUUCAAGUAUGGCGCUUGAAUCUCAAUCCCUGACCCAGAAAGCUCAUUCUAAGGAUGAAGGCUUUGUAGCACCAACGGUUACAAUAAAUACUCCAAAGAAAUCAUUUGGUCAGUGUGCCGUCUCCGUGGAGAACCAGCUGACCAUGGGUCCCCUCACUACACCUAAAAAGGGAAUGGAAGUACGUUCUGUUGACCCCUGGACGCCCACCUCCAACCUGAAAAUGCUCAUCAGUGCUGCUAGUCCUGAAAUCAGGAACCGAGAGAAGGAGCUGUGCGUUGACAACGACGGGCGGGAAGGUCUUGAUCCUUCACAGGAAUCGGAAAAUGGAGACUGGAAAAUGAUCAGCAGGAAAGAGAAGAGCCUGGGUUUGCUCUGUCACAAAUUUCUCGCCCGAUACCCGGAUCACCCCAACCCUACCCUCAACAACGACAUCUGCCUGGACGAUGUGGCUACUGAGCUCAGUGUAGAACGGCGGCGCAUCUACGACAUCAUGAACGUGCUGGAGAGUCUGCACAUGGUGAGCCGCUCGGCCAAGAACCGCUACACGUGGCACGGCCGGACCAAACUGGCCCAGACUCUGGCCGUUCUGAAGCAGGUGGGCGAGGAGCAAAGGUACGGCCAGCAGAUGCUGCACAUCCGGCAGCGUCUCCGGGACAAGGAGUUUGACUUUGACGGGGAGGAGAAAGAGAACGAGGAGGUGGUGCAGCUUGAGAGCGGGGAGCAGGGACAGAAGGAGCUCUUCUUUGUGGAGCUUCCAGGAGUAGAGUUCAAAGCAGCCUCUGUGAACAGUAGGAAGGAUAAAUCUCUGAGGGUGAUGAGCCAGAAGUUUGUCAUGCUCUUCCUGGUGUCUAAUCCUCGUGUGGUCAGUUUGGACGUGGCCGCCAAGAUCCUGAUCGGAGAGGACCAGUGCGUGGAUCAAGACAAGAACAAGUUCAAGACCAAAGUACGUCGGCUGUACGACAUAGCUAAUGUGCUGCGGAGCCUGAAGCUCAUUGAGAAAGUCCAUGUGACCGAAGAGAGGGGGAGGAAGCCCGCCUUUGAAUGGGUCGGCCCAGAAGAAUUCCCACAAGUUGAAGAUUUGGAGAGCUCCACAUCCGAAUGCGCAACCAAGAAAAAAAGUGUACUGGAGCCCCGUGCUCUAGAAAACUGUGCCAAAAACCUGUUCUCAUCUCCCGGAGCCAAACGUGGCUUCACCCGACACCCCUCACUCAUAAAGCUGGCCAAGAGCAUUCAGGACGACCGCAGAAAGAUCAACUCCGCCCCCAACAGUCCUUUCAAAGGCGCCUUCAGUGAUUUAUCAAACACUGAACUCCCAAACAAAAUGGCCCAACUUGCUGCUAUUUGUCAGAUUGAGCUCAACCAGGAGUCAUCGACUGGAGCUGAUGAUCCAAAGCCUUUUGCUGCCGAGGCAUUCCCUGCUGCUGUGAGGCUGGACCCCUCCUCUGUUUCAAUGGAGCCGCCUCAGGCACCGUUUCAAACUCCAACCCAGGAGACUACAGUCAACACUACCGUCCACCUCACCCCCCACACGCCUCUGACAGCCCUAUCCACAGGCUCCCUCGCCUACAUCCAAGCGCAGUGUUCCCCCCUCAUCCCCGUCCUGUUGCCCCAGCAGCGCGGGGGCAUGCCAUACGCUGUGUACCUGCACUCUUCGUCACCGAGGCCCAACCCUCUGGUCCGGCCGCAGCCCACCAGCCUGGCCGUGCGCUCCAUGACCUUUGAGGAUAAAACAGGGCAGAGUCCGACGGGCCAGGGCACCGCUAAGAGUCUGCCGGCCUUCAGGGCGUCAGACGUCAGCCCCUUAGUGCUCAAACGGCUGCGCUCAGAUUCAGCCUCAGACGGCAGCCCAUCCAAAGCCAGGAGGACAGACCCCAACUUUAAGGACACGUCUCCAAAGCUGUGUGAGAUCCUGCAGGCCCGUCUGAAGGCCCGGCGCGGCACUCAGCCUUUAAACCGGCCCUCGCCUCGCGCCCUCCACCUUGACCCGGAGUUUGUCAACACCCCCGGUGGUGCUGUAGCCAAUCAGACACUAGAACAAAGCUUGGAGACCUUCCUGGACAAAGAGGACAGGACAGCAUACUCAGACAGCGAGGCGGGGUUAACACCAGUCAGGGUCGUACCCUUAACGCCGGGACAGCUCCACACAGAGACUUUAAUACCGGCCGGAUACCUGAUCCCAAUCUCCCAGCAGUCCCUCAUCAGCUACAGGGAAGCCCAAGAUGCAGGGAGAGAAAGCAACAAGGCCUUAACUCCCGCUUACAUCUACCAAACACCCACUGCAGGCUCCAGACAGGCCCUAGCCCAGGAGACGACCCCCACCAGCCUCCGUCUUCACAAACCAGCCGCCGCCUCGCCGCUCACCACCCAGCAGGCGCACCGCCUCCACAGCCCCAGCCCCGCCAUCCUCAACUUCACCCUGCAGAACCUGGGCCUGAUCUCAGGGUCCAGCCCCUUUGCGGCCCCCCAGACCCCAGAGGGUGUCAGCAGCAUGGCCAGCCCUCUGGCUCUGCAGCAGAGAGGCAUGGUGUUCAUCAAACCUGUGUCCCCUGUGCCGGUGCAGCAGUCUCUGUCAGGGCAGCCCAUGACCCUGUUCAGUCUACAACAGCCCCUGAUGACCACCCCCAAAGGGACGGCUCUCCCCCAGCACAGCUUCUUCCACACGCCGGUCCACCUCUCCCCUCUGGCUGCCAUGGUAACCCCAGGUGGACAACUGGCCCCCAACACAGUUUACAUCCCUCAGAGGAAGCUGGACGUUGCCACUGAGGAGUCCUGAGAGCCCAGACUGAAACCCUCUGACGAGUGUGUACUUUGAGUGUGUGUAUGGGUGGUGUUUGUGUUGGGUGACCUUUUAUCUUCUGUCUGGUUAGCAUUUCACAGUAUUCAUUACCUCCGAACAUUUCACAGCAGCCUUACUGUUUUCAUUUUUGAAACAAAGUUCACCAGAAACUCAUGAACAUUAUUGUCAUUCUGGUCAAAACAGUUUUGCCCCAACUUUAUUCUGCAUAACUUGAUAGAGAUUGAAUUUUCUUGUUUUUUUUUGUUUGUUUAUUUGAGUUAUUUCUCCUAAAGUUGGUGAUGUGAACACCAAUUCCUUUUCUUCAAAUUACCAAGAGUAGUACAAAAAUAAUCAAUGCUAUAAAGGGCAACACACUUAAGUCAGAUGGACGUUUGACUGAAAGACAAGUAUGAUUAGGAACCAUUGUUUUAUGAUCAUUUUGUCUCUAAGUGAAACCUAAUGCAAAGACUUUUGCACAUAUGUACAUGUUACCCCUGGUAAGAAUAUGAGAGAUUGUAAGACUAAUCAGACUUCUUCAAAAGUUUAAUUUAUAAGGAAAUUACCUUCUGUAUCUGUUGUCUUGUUAAAUGUUAAAAUGUUAAUUGAAUUUUAAUACAUUUUUCUAUGAACAUCA